AUGGCCACGUCUGAAUCACAGACCCAUAACUUAGCUGCCAAAAGACUCUUAGAAUAUCUAAUUCCUAUAGACUUCAACAACGGGGGGCUGGCUUCCUUCCCACCCAAAUCUCACAAGUUGACAGUCUCAGCUGAACUCUUCCUUUUAACCAUCUAUAUCAAAGGACAAGAUAGGCUCUUGGUGGAGGAAGGCAAAGAAGCCACUCAUGGCACCCCUGCAGCGCUGAGGACGCUCCGGAGCCCGGCGACCCCGCUAUGGCGCACCUGGAGCAGUACAUAUCUAAAUGAGAAGUCUCUUCAAUGGAAAGAAACAUGCAAAAAUCUGCAAGGUGACUUUGAGACUUUAUCUAACAAAACUAAAAGGUAUUCAGAGAAUGACUAUCUUCAGAUUAUCACAAAUAUACAGAACUGUCCAUGGAAGCGACAAUCAGAAGAAUAUGAGAAUUUUAGAACAAAACUUGCUUCCUGUUGUGAUGCUGUCCAAAACUUCGUUGUUUCUCAAAAUAACACUCCAGUUGGGACUAACAUCAGUUAUGAGGUGGAAAGCAAAUACGAGAUUUUAAUUAGACAGAACAUUUUUAAUAUGUUUCCAGUGUCCCAGCCAUUUAUGGAGUACCCUUACAAUCAGUGUGCAGUGGUUGGAAAUGGAGGGAUCCUGAAUAAGUCUCUCUGUGGAGCUGAAAUAGAUAAAUCCGACUUCGUUUUUAGGUGUAACCUCCCUCCAGUAACAGGAAAUAUUAGUAAAGACGUUGGCAGUAAAACCAAUCUUGUAACUAUAAAUCCCAGUAUCAUAAAGCUAAAAUAUGGAAACUUAAAGGAAAAGAGAACAAUAUUCCUGAAGGAUAUUGCAAACUACGGAGAUGCAUACCUUCUUCUGCCAGCAUUUUCCUUUAGAGCCAACACCAUUGCCUCUUUUAGAGUGUAUGAAACAUUGAAAGUGUUUCAAGCAAGACCAAGAGUCAUAUUUUUCCAUCCCAAGUACCUGAAAAAUCUUGCCCUUUUCUGGAGAACUAAAGGUGUGACAGAAUAUCGCCUGUCAUCUGGCUUGAUGAUCACAAGUGUGGCAGUUGAACUGUGUGAGAAUGUGAAGCUGUAUGGAUUCUGGCCCUUCUCAAAAACUGUAGAAGAUACACCUGUCAGCCAUCAUUACUAUGACAACAAUUUACCUAAACGUGGUUUCCAUGAGAUGCCCAAAGAAUAUAGCCAAAUUCUCCAACUUCACCUCAAAGGAAUACUCAAAUUACAAUUUAGCAAAUGUGAAACAGCCUAAGCAAAAUAUCUUAAAAUGGGAAAAAUUUUAAUACAAUAUAGUGGGUAACUAACAGUGUUUCCAAAUGUGAAGAAAGAUCAUAUUAAGAUAUAGUAGGAAAGGCCCCAACACUUGGUUUGAUCAAACUUCCCAAUUAGUUCACUCAUUCAAUUGUUCUGAUAUAGCAUCUUAUCAUUAUACAUUUGGAAGAUAUUUCAGCAUCAAAAAGAAAGAUACUAUGAUAUUUAGCUCGUAUUUGUAAAAUGUGAUAAUCUAUGAAAACAUUUGUUGAAGUAUUUGGUGUGAAGUAGGGACUGGAUGAGUAUUUCCUUGUUGAUAUUUGUGACAGCUGUUUCCACCCUCACGAACUAUGAUUAAAGUCAUGCUAUCUUAGAGAUCUUUUCUGGAGAAAUCAGCCCAAUUGCUGAUUGGCCCUUCUCAAAAACGGUAGAGAUACACAUUGGGGUUCUUUCUCUGACAGUCUUCUGUAUUAUCAAUAAUAUCUUUCACAUCUUUCUUCCUAUCUUAAAGAAUGCAUGUAACAAAAAGGAUGUACUGAAACAAGAAUCCCUUGGUUAUUCAGAAAUGAAAUCCUUCACUUCAUGUAGUAAUAUGUCUACUUCUGAUUAUGUUCAUUUAUAUUAUUAGCUGCUAUGACAUUUUGGUUAGAUUUAGACCAAUUCUUUUCCCAUUUUAUUUAAUUCAAAAUGAUUCUUUAGAAUUUAUAUUAACUUCCUAUCUCAUUCAUAAGCCUCUCCCACUGAAAGGAUCUACAUCAAGGAUCUACUUUAUUAUAUACUUUAAUAUAUAUAUUAAAGCUUGUUUAUGCCAAACUCUGUGGAAGGAAUGGAAAGAUGACUAGGAAUUAGAUGUGUGUAUCACCAACUAUGAUGUAGUUCAUAAAUGCUAUUGCAAUAGUUUUUAAUGUAAGUACUGUGAGGAACAAAAGCAGGAAAAAUUAAAUUUAUUUUGGUGGAAUCUAUUUCAGAGAACAAAUGAAUCCUGAAUUAAACCUAGAAAAUAAAUAAGAUUUUACCAAAUGAUAAAAGUUCAGGUAGUGGAAAUAUGAAAAAGGAGAAAGUUAUUCUUUUGAUUUUGAUUCUUCACAAUGAGGAUAUUUGAUGAUAAAUCAUAGACUUUGUCCCAAGAACUGCCACAUCCCAUGUCAUAUGGUAAGGUGUAGUAUGUAGGGGUGGUGACUUGGGCCCACAUCUAUGAAAUGGAAAUAAUCUGAUCUGAUUGAUUUCAUAGUAAAGCUAUUAAAGAUUAAAGCACAAAAAAACUUAAUCCUCAUAAGGAAAGAUAUAUGUUUACAUGAGAAAUAAGACUAAUAAUUUAAACAUCAAUAUAAAGUAAAGCAUUAGAUAUUAAAUAUUAGCAUUUCCACACAUCUCCCCUUACAUUUUGAUCGUACCUGUUAAUAGAGGUCAUCUAUGCAUCUACUGCAUAAGUAAUUUGACUUAAAUAAAUAAUUAUGUGUAUAUCUUACUGCUUAUCUUUAUACCAUCACAUAAAGAGCUGAAAUAGAAGUGGAGCAUGCUGAA